UAGCUCGGGUGGUCAAUACAACACUGCAAACCACUAAACUUCGAUUUUCUGCAAUUCCGUUAGCUGUAAAGUUCAUCCACCAUGUCGUACAGGUUAUUUGAGGGGGUUAAGCAGGUUGAUCACUACAUCAAAUUUAGGCCUACUUAUCCAGCAGAAUUAUUUCACAAGAUAAUGUCCUUCUUGAGUAAAAAGAGGCCACCUCCCCACCAGCUGCUUGUAGACGUUGGUUGUGGAUCUGGCCAGGGGACCUAUGGCUUGAGCUCACAAUUUGAACGAGCAAUCGGUUUUGACAUAAGCAAGGCACAGGUGGAGGCAGCAACAAAGGCAAAUACUGCCCCCAAUGUUGAAUUCAAAGUUUCACCAGCCGAAACUCUACCUCUUGAAGACCACUCUGUGGACCUCAUCACAUGUUCCCAGGCAGUUCAUUGGUUGGAUUUCCAGGCCUUCUGUAAUGAAUGUAGACGAGUCUUGAAGCCAAAUGGAUGCCUAGCCAUUGUCGGCUAUGCAAACAUUUCCUUGGACCACAAGAAUAACGAUGUCAGGAAUAAACUGGAAGAAUACUUUGAUGAGAUUUACAACAAAGAGCUUGGUCCCUUCUGGAAUGAGAAGAGAAGACUUGUUGAAGAUAAACUACCAGGUUAUGAGAUACCUUUUCCAGACUUUGUGAGGGAUGACACAUUGGAGAUGAGAAUGCAGUGGUCAGUGUCUCAUCUCAUUGGUUAUAUCAGAAGCUGGUCAGCCUAUGCAAAGUACCUGGAAGUUAACCCAUCUGGUCAAAUUCUUGAGGAGUACCAUAAGAAGGUCAUGUCAGCUGUAGCUAGUCCUGGCUCAUCAUCAGACGAUACCAUUCUUGAUGUAUCCUAUCCACUCACCUUGCUACUGGGUCGAGUUUCGUGAAAAUCGAUGACAUGUAUGGAUAAGAUGCGAUAAUGUCUAUUAUAUAGUAGAUUGCAAUAUAUUUGUCAAGUGUUUAGAAUCAAGUAGAAUCUGAAUUCUGAAUGUCUAUGCCGCGGCCAAACUUUGAAACAAAUGUAACCCUCUUAUCUUUUAGAUCCCUUGUUGACCAUACACUGCGAGACAAACGAAUAUCACUAGCGAUAUUAUUUUUCGAAAGAUAUGAUUACAUAUCAAUUUUGUUAUAUGCAUUAUUGCAUUGUGUACAUAACUCCCUAUCAACUCUCUGCAUAACUGAAAUAAUAAAGAACUGUUUUAUAUCACGUAAAGUAUCAUGGUAUAUUUCUAUUAAAAGAUUGAUAUUAUAAAGUAAAUAGGA